UUUUUUUUCAUAUGGGCUCAAGGUAAAUUUUUCGCACACCUUUCUCUCUAUUUCUUUUUCUUUUCAAUCUUUUCAUUGAAUUCCACUUUUUUUUUUGUUUCUCUCUUGUCAUGCCAAGACAAUACCAUACAAACUAUGGAUUAUCAGCAUCGAAACGUAGUGAAAAAAGUCUUAUCGAUCAACUAGUCACGUUAUUCCCACUUGGAGAUCCAGAAUACUUUCGUCAUUGUGUCUCCUAUUAUGAAACGAAUCAUAUAGAAAGGAUCACUGAAAAGAUCUUUGAAAUGGGUGGAUAUUAUCCUCAACUUGCUUAUCAAGUUGACAUUAACGAUAACAAUAACAACAAUUCCUUAGCAACAGAACAACAUCAACGAUGGAAUGCUGCUUUAUAUACCCUAGCGACAAAACUUUUCCCUGAUACCGAUAUUGAUUAUUUACGACGCAUCAUUAGUCAACAUACACAUAGUAUCGUUGAACAAGCAACAACUCAGAUACUUGCAGAUCCUUGUGUACCGGAACGACUAGAAUAUGGACAACUUUCUCGUCAUGACAUGUUUAAAAGUGAAUCUUAUAAAGCUCAAGCUUUGGAACAACUUGUUUUGGAUUAUCCUCAAAUAUGGAAAUCGUCUAUUUGUGCUGUUUUAGCAGAAAACAAUUGGGAUUAUAUCAAUAGUUUUGACCAGUUAUCGGAAAUGGGAUCAGGUGGAUUUUGGCGAUCUAUACGUAACUUUUUUGUACAUUGGUCUUUACCAAAAGCAGGAUCAUCAUCAUCGUCAUCAUCAACAACUAGUUCAUCAUUACAUCAAAGACAACACUACAUGGAUAAUACCUUCACCCAGGAAUUGGAUUUACUACGAAAAAGGCAGUUGGAUCAACAAUCUGCCAAAGAUCAAGUUGUUGCACAGGAAAUCAAUACCCAAGAAUACGACAAGCAUCAUCAAUCGAUCACGUGUGGCUGUUGUUUUGGCGACUAUCCUUUUGAAGCAUUGGUAUUUUGUAGUCAAGGAAAUCAUCCGUUUUGUCAUGAUUGUAUUACACGAUUUAUGAUGGAAGGACUUUUUGGUCAAGGUGGUUUACGUGGAGUGGAUCGAAUCCCAUGUAUUUCCUCUGAAGAAACCUGUCAUGGAUGUCUACCGACAAUGGUAUUACAACAAGUUCUGUCAAAUGAUGUUUGGAAAGCCUAUGAAAGUUCACUAUUUGAAGUGAAUAUAUCAAGACAAAGUUGGGGUUUAGUACAAUGUGCAGCUUGUUCUUAUUGUGAACUGGAUGAAUCGAUUCGACCAAUGCAACAAAUACUUGACAAGACAGCAAGGUUUAUUUCAAUAGCUCGAUGGGUCAUGGUAUUACUACUAUUAUUAAUAAUAUUAAUGUUGGGAAGGAUGGUGAAUGGGAAGCUGAUUACUCUUCUUCUUCUUUUUACUCUUGGUAUUCCAUUGAUCAUAUCACAACAUCAGUGGGAUUUGCAGACGGAUCUUCAAAUUGCCUAUAACCGGAUUGUUCAUCAACGACGGGGGUAUGCUUUUCAAUGUCGACAUCCUUCUUGUGGCAAAUUGACCUGUUUACAAUGCAUGCAUAUUAUUCGUGGGAUUCAUUCUUGUUAUGAAAAUGAAAGGGAUGGACUUCGUCUUUAUGUGGAAAAGGCAAUGGCAGAUGCUGUCAAACUGUCCUGUAUGCAAUCUGUCAUUUCAAAAAUCAGAUGGAUGCAACAAAAUUGUAUGCAAGUGUGGUUAUGCCAUGUGUUAUAUCUGUCGCAAAGAUAUUGGAAAAGAAUCCUAUUCUCAUUUUUGUGAUCAUUUUCGUGAAAUUCCUGGUAUGGCAUGCAGUAAAUGUAAUAAAUGUGAUCUUUACAAGACGGAUCCGGAUGAUCAAGCCAUCAACAAGGCAGCUAAUGUGGCUCGACGUGAAUAUUUGGAAGCACAUCCUACAGUGGCAACUCAAUUACCAGUAUUAGUGAUUGGACCAAAAUCCACAUUAGACAAGAUUGAUGAAUGGCGACAUGAAUCUAUUUUAUGGUUACUACAAAGUGCAAUGAAUUUGAUUAUAUGAUACCCUUGUUGUUGUAGUGUUUAACAACGAAU